CAUCCCUCGCUCACCAAAAUAACCAAAUUCGUUCCUUUAGUCAAAAGAAAAGGUUUUGACCACGUUAAGAAUCAAAUUGAGUAAAGCAACUUUGAUUAAGCAACUGGUAGCUUAAGCAAAAUUCGAUGGCUGUUCAUCCAAAAUAACCACCAUCCACCAAAUUUAUUCCUUGCGUCUGUCCAAUUAAGGGCUAAGCCAACAUGAGCCUAAAAUAAGCAAAUGAAUUUUAAACAAACUUCUAAAGCUGUUUAUCUAAAAGGGUUCCAAUUCAGGAAAUCCAAAGAGAGUUAGGAAAAAAAAAAAAAAGAAAAAAAAAAAAAGAGAUAUGGAUUCUGGACUUUCAUGGGCUGAUCAAUGGGACGAUCACCCCGAUCCCCCGCCACCAUCAGCAGCAGCAGCAUCAGAGAAUGACAAGAAGAAGAACAAGGAUGGGUCUAAAGGGAGCAAGAUUGGGAAGUCAAUAUUAAAUUUCAAAUGGGUGAAAGAUAUCCGCAAGAAAUCUCAGAAAGAAUGAGGACUGCUUGUGAUUAUGAAGGCCUCUUUUGCUACAAAAGAAAAUACAUUCUAUAGGCUUCACCCUCCCAUAUUGCUUCCGGGGUCUCUGUCACUUCAUAUAUGAUUCAAUAAUAUUUAACUAUAAUCUAUCCUCCAUUCUUUUUGUUAAGAAUAAUGAGAUAAGACAUUCUUUAUUUUUUUUCCAAUUUCUUUUCCAUUUUAAUUUUAUUUGUAUCAUGAGUAACAUUGUUUAAAGCCUAAUGAUAGGCAACUACAUAUAUAUAUUAUACUUUAUAGAGCUGAUCACUUCAAUUA